CUCGCACGUUUUCAGGCGAAUGUGGUGCUGCUGUUCCUUGGCAACCUUGGAAGGACAAGCCUACGAGUGGUUUCACAAGCUGCCGAGGGGAUCGAUCGACGAUCGGAAGGAUUUGGCCCACAAAUUUUUGGAACAUUUUGCAUCGAGCCAGAGGCAAAAGCUCCCCUACUCCCACCUACUCAACGUCAAGAUUUGAAAGGGGGAGCAACUCCGGGAUUUCAUCACUCGAUGGGAGAAGGAGGCUAGGGACGUCCAAGGUGCGGACGACCAGGCUCUGAUCACCAUGCUCCAAGCGGCACUCCCCGCAGGGAAUGUGCCCAAGGAGCUGUGGCGGAACCCGCUUCCUACAUACCAAGAGAUGUUGGCUAGAGCAAAGUACCCAGCGUUGGAAGAAGAGGACGAUGAGGCGCCUGCCCAGAAGGAGAAGAAGAAUGUCCAGCUAGCAGGUGAUGGCAGGAAGAGGAAGGAUUUUGGAAGGGGCUCGAAUCCUGCAGGCUAUCAGGCGAGCAGGCCGCCAGUCCACGCGGUCCAAUCCUUACCAGCCCUUACCCGUAGCCGGGAAAGCUAUAGUGUCCAAGAUGCUCUAAAAUAUUGCGAGUACCACCGUAACAGCACCCACAAUACGUCGGAGUGCGUUACGCUGAAUAAGGAGAUGGAUCUGCUAAUAGGUAGGGAACUACCGCCUCGAGCGGAGUGACCAGCACCCGGAAACAGGACAUGGCGGAGACCAGCUGCUGCCGCCGCCGCAAUUACAAAUGGGGAAGGACAGGCGGAUGGGAGAAGGCAUUUGGGAAGAGACUGCGAAGAUCUAGAUGAGGAUGAAAGGCAUAAUCGACGGUAUUUGGGGUGUCAGUUCAUCAUGGGAGGUAAUACAGGAGGAGACUCGGU